CAGAAUUGAACCUGGAACCUUUCAGUCCACAGGCCGACGCUCUAUCCACUGAGCCACACCAACCAGGGUGAGAAGUGAGGACAUUGUGAUGAGCAUGCUCCCCAGCAGGACCCUGAGUGCUCAGGGCAGAGGCGGGCUGGCCGGGCGCCUGAGUGUCAGGGACAGGCGUCUCCACAGGCUCGGUGUCUCCUGUGAGCCCACAAGAGCCCGAGGGUGGGCUGCACAGGACGGGAGGCCCCUCACCGCUGGGGAGAGGUGGCGGGCCCAGGGCCGGUCAGGACGGAGUAGGACAGAGGGCCGUGGCACUGGAGGGAGGGAGAGGGAAGAGGGAGAAAUCAGGAGAAAGUCUCUAAGAGAAAAACCCAGAAAGGAGCCCUUGAGCAGGUGCCGCAGGCCCACGGGGGCACCGGGCACCCACGCCCUGCACUCGCGGUUUCCUCUGUUAAUCUCCUUCAUCCCCACACCGUCUGGGACCCUGAGGGUCUUUGCACCCACUUCACAAAUGGGGAGCACCUCCCUGCUGCUGGGCCCACACCCCCAGCCUCGGCCUCCUCCUGGUAAUGAGUUCAUCCCCCCCACCCCCCCACCUGCCCGCAGGUGGGCACUCCUUCUACCAGUGGGAGGGGCUGUCCGAAGACACCCUCAGGCUCCCGGGCAGAACACUCAGAGGGAAGAAGGGAAACAGACAUGUGAAGGGGGGGAGGGCUGCCACCCUCUGGGGGUGACAGGCACUGUCCCACUUCACCCUAUAAAGUGGGCAUCAGACCCUCACCCACACUGUCCAGAGGAGCAGCCACCCAAAGCCACACCUGGUCAGUGAUCCAGACACAGCCCACACUGAGAUGCUGGGGUCUACGGCCAACGUGUGCCCCCCACAGGACGGUGGGUGGGGGAGAACUGGUCUUGGAGUGGGCGGGGCCUAGGGGGUGUGGCCCAGGUGCACCUGGGCAGGGAGGGCUGGCCAGCAGUGGAGAGUUGUCUGGGUCAGAACAGGCCAGAGCUUCCCCGGGGCCCACCCUGCUGCUGUGAGGACAGCAGAGGGCGGGGCCUCCAGGUGGACCCAGCACCCUCACACCUCAGGGUGGAGCCCUGCCCCAGUGGCUCAGGGAGCCACAAAGGAAGUGAGCUGUGUGUAUGUGGGGGGUGCAUUCACAUUUGUGCAUGUGCGUGUAUGUGUGUGUGCACACGGGAGGGUGUGGUGUCCAGGUUGAGCCCCAGGCAGCCCGAUGGGAUGGGGGCUCCUGGAGGAAAACUCCCACAUUUGCAAUUCUGAGGGUUACACCGCUUCACCCCAGAGGCCGUGUCCCUGAAGGAGCCAGGGUGCCCGCUGGUAACCAGAGCAUCCAAGGCCCCAGGUGCGCACCCAGGACUGCAGCAAACUCACCUGAGGGGCAGAUGGCUGACACCUCAGGUGCCUCCCAGGUGUCAGCAACCUGGCUGCCGCCCAGCCCCCCGCCGGCCAUGCCCACGGAGCCCUCGGGGCUGCAGAUGGACCCCGUGGGGAACAGCUCGCAGGCCGCCCCCCAGCUGUUCCUCACCAGUGCGCUGGCCCGCGGCAUCUCGGGCGUUUUCGUGUGGACCGCCCUGGUGCUCACCUGCCACCAGAUCUACCUGCACCUGCGCGCCUACACGGUCCCCAGCGAGCAGCGGUACAUCAUCCGCCUGCUGCUCGUGGUGCCCGUCUACUCCUUCGACUCCUGGCUCAGCCUCCUGCUCCUGGGGAGCCAGCAGCACUACGUCUACCUGGACUCGCUGCGGGACUGCUACGAAGGUGAGGCCGGCCAGGCUCGCAGGGCCCUCCGGAGGGGGGCUGCCCGACAGCUAGGACCAGACAUGCUCGGGGAGGGGAGAGGGGGAGGCCUGGCGGGUGUGGGGGCAGCAGCCGGGCCGCCCAGAGCCCAGAGGGAAAUGGGGCUCCCCCGGGUGGUGAGCAUCAGAGCCACCAGCCCUGUGGGCCCCAGGGGCGGGGUCGGUCCCAGAGCUGAGCUGGGAGCCCCGUGGGGGGAGGGUCCUGCUAGGGUGCAGGCCCGGUCAUUGCUGGCAGCUGUGGCCCUGACCGGCCCCUGCCCUGCCCGCAGCAUCCAUAGCGGCUACCUGUACGUCACCCUCGUCUACAACGCCUCCGUCAGCCUGGCCCUCUACGCCCUGUUCCUCUUCUACGUCGCCACCAGGGAGCUCCUGCAGCCCUUCGAGCCCGUCCUCAAGUUCCUCACCAUCAAGGCCGUCAUCUUCCUCUCCUUCUGGCAGGGGAUGCUGCUGGCCAUCCUGGAGAGGUGCGGGGUCAUCCCUGAGGUCCAGGGCACGGACGGGAGCAGGGUGGGGGCCGGCACGCUGGCCGCCGGCUACCAGAACUUCAUCAUCUGCGUGGAGAUGCUCUUCGCCUCCGUCGCCCUGCGCUACGCCUUCACCUGCCAGGUGUACUCGGAGAAGAAGGACAGCUCGCCAGCACCCCCGGCGCCCAUGCAGAGCAUCUCCAGUGGCCUCAAGGAGACCAUGAGCCCGCAGGACAUCGUGCGCGACGCCAUUCACAACUUCUCGCCCGCCUACCAGCACUACACCAGGAACAAGCCCAGCUCCACCUCCAACUUCCACAGCUAA